ACCCAGCUGCAGAGAUGAAUAACCAACGUGUAACCUAUGCAGAACUGAAUUUGGCCAAGUCCGCCAGGAGACAGCAAAGAAAGCCUAAAGGCACUCAAACCUCCAUUCCAGUAACGGAGCAGGAAAUAACCUAUGCAGAAUUAACUCUUCAAAAUGCUUCCUGGGAUCUUCAAGAGAGGGACAAGAAGGACCAUUCCAAAGAUUCACCAUCACCUCCAGAGAAGCUCUUUGCUGGGGUCCUGGGAGUUAUCUGCCUCAUCUUGAUGUACAGUGUAGUAAGAGUGAUACUUUUCAUGCCUGGUACUGGUAAACUGGAGAAGAACAAUUCAUCCGUCAAAACAAAGAUCCUGAAAGCAUAUCAUUGUGGAAUUUGUCCACUGGAAUGGUUUACAUUUUCCAACAAUUGCUAUUACAUUAGCACUGAAAAUAAAACAUGGAAUGAGAGUGUGCUGGCCUGUGCUUCUAAGAACUCUAAUCUGCUUUACAUAGAUAAUGAAGAAGAAAUGGAAUUUCUGAGUUCCAUAUUACCUCCAUCAUGGAUUGGAGUUUUUCGUAGCAGCAGUGAUCAUCCUUGGAUGUUGAUAAAUGGUUCAUUUUUCAAACUAAAAAUAGCAGACUUACUAUCUGGUAAAGGGGACUGUGCUCUGCUACACCUAUAUGGCCUCACAUCAUGGAGUUGCGAAGCUUCAAAAAUAUAUAGCUGUAAGCAUAAGCUUUAGAGUUAAAACAUCUGAGUUUGGAUUCUGUUGGAUAACUUUAUUUUCAUGAAAUGGAAAUAAUAUUGUGAUUGCAUAUGUCUUCAAAUGAAUUAUAUUACUUGUUCUAAUAGUGAAGUAAUUUUCUAUAACAAUUAUUGGAAAAUAACAUACACAUCCAAAAGUUUAGAUAUUCAUUGCUUUUAGUGUCUGACGUGUUUCCCUCAAUGUUAUAUUUGUGGCAUUCAACAUUUCUAAAUGAUCUUAUGUUGUGUGAGUCACUUUAUAUGUGUUAUCAAGAAUAGGCCAACCCACAGAAGCAGAAAGUAGGUUAGUGGUUGCCAAAGGUUGAAGGGAGGUAGGUAACAAACGAAUGCUAAUUGGUGCACUGUCGCUUUUGGGGGCUGGAUACUUUCCAAAUUUUGUUGGUAGUGAUGGUUGCAAACUCUGUUGAAUAUACUAAAAAUCGCUGACAUAUAUACUCUACAUGGAUGAUUUUUUUUGCUUUGUAAAUUAAACCUCAAUACAGCUGUUAAAAAACACAUGAGGUUAUGUUAGGGGCUGCAUUUAAACUUUAAAUAAUUUAUAAAGGUGUAAUUUUACAAUAUUGAUUCUUUCAAUCAAUAUCAUGCUUUAUCCCUCCAUGUAUUAGGCUUUCUUUAAUUUCUCUAUGUUUAAAUUUUUUCUAUAUUGAAGUCAAAGAAAUAUGAUUCUUCUAUAAUUGUGAUUUUGUAAAUGGUAUACUUAUUUUAAAAUUUCUUUAGUAAUUUUGCUGAUUUAAACAUAAAUGUAGUUGAGCUUUGCUAUUGAUUUUUGUAUUAAUCCUAUCAUUUCAAAUAUAAGUUCUUCUGCAUAGUAUAUAUAGACAGUUACUUUAUUUCUUUUUCCCUGGUGCAAUUAUUUUCUUUUCUUGACUUAUUUUCAUAGGCUGAAGUUUUAUUUCUAAUGUUAAAUAGUAAAGACAGUAAAAGUGUAUGUGUCCUCUAUUUUUGGGGAACACAUUUAAAUACUUCAUCCUUAAGUAUGAGAUUUGUUUUAAAGUUUUUUCAUGAGACCUUU